AACCCUCAUGCAUUCACCUCUUUCUUCUAUAAAAUCCACACCUUUUACUCAAACCCAACUGAUCUCUCUUCCAUUUUUAUUCUUUUAAUUAAUUUCACCAACAAUGUUUUCCACAAAUCCUCAGUCCUUGAAGUUUGCUCUUCUUCUCUUCUCUUUCUCCUUCAUUGCUUUCACCUUUUCUUCUGCCCCUGUCUUUGCCCUUAACAUUGGUGUUCAAGCCAUAGAUGCAACUGUCUCUGUGAGUAAAGAGUGCAGCCGAAAAUGCGAAUCCGACUUCUGUUCAGUGCCUCCAUUUCUGAGAUAUGGGAAGUAUUGCGGGCUUCUAUACAGUGGAUGUCCUGGAGAGAAGCCCUGUGAUGGUCUUGAUGCUUGUUGUAUGAAACAUGACGCAUGCGUUCAAUCUAAGAAUAAUGAUUAUCUGAGUCAAGAAUGCAGCCAAAACUUUAUAAAUUGCAUGACAAAUUUCCUGAAAUCAGGAGGGCAAACAUUCAAAGGAAACACAUGCCAAGUUGAUGAUGUUAUUGAAGUUAUUUCUGUAGUCAUGAAAGCUGCUUUACUUGCUGGAAGAGUUCUUCAUAAACCAUAAUUUUUUUUUUUUUUUUUUUUAAUCUCAAAAUUGGCAAACCAGUUAUGUAUUAUUGAUUCACUUUAAUGUUCUUUUAAGAAAUUUCUUGCAUUA